AAGGAAUGCGAGCGAGGGGGAGAGUCCAGCAGGGAGAGGACAGCGCACCUGCUGGGAAGCGGUAAAGAGGGGUCCGGACACCUUGAGGGGGGUUUUGGAGGACGGGCAGAGGUUGGGUCAGUGGCAGGAGAUACCAUUUACCCCUGAUCUCUGGGACAAGCGCACACAUAGGUCUGACAGUUACUUGUGUUUUCAUUCAAACUGGUUGCCAGGUUGGAAUGACCCAUGAUGACGUCACAGGCUUCCGACCUUCCUGAUUGGAAGGACCAGACUCCGUGGCGCUCGGCAGCAGAGGUGGACAAUAGCAUCUCGCCAGAGCUUUUCUCCACUGCCAGUUGCCCCGCAGCUUGGAGAAGGGACGACCACUUGUGUUUUGCCCAAGUCCAGAAGAAGAGUUGGGACAAAGCAGAGUCUAGGCGUCGAGGAAGGGAAGAGUUUGGGAGAAAUCAUGGCCAAUCGUCAACCGAGUUCCCAGGUUGAGGACCAGGACUCCCAGCCCAGCUCCUCAGGGUACCCCCUGGAGGUGACUGUCAACGAAGAAAGCCCAGGACCGUCAGGUGAGGGAGCUGGCACGAGAAGGAAUUUCAGAGGCUUGACCAGUAAGGAGGAAAGGGUACAGAGGUCGGGAAGGAGCGCCUGCCUCAGGUCAGAGGUCUAUGAGACUGGAAAGGGUAGGGGUGUUUCGGGGGGGAGGCGGAGUCGGGGUGGGGUUGGGUGGUCACCAGUGGCUGAACUCCCAAGACGAGAACGUCCUAUUGUAGUCUCUUGUCUUUUCUCAGCCCCCUGGGCCGGCUGCAGCUCCCCGCCUCAGCGCCCUGGCUGUAAGAGGAAGAGGUCAGUGGCGUUCAGAGAGGAGGAGGAGGAGGGCGAGCCGGCCACUGAGGCCCAGGACACCUGGGUCGUGGAGUCGCUGAGUGGGCUCAAGAUGAAGCUCAAGCGACAGCGGGUGUCUUCAGUGCUGCCUGAGCACCACGAGGUCUUCAACAGGAUGCUCGAGGAUCCCGUCAUUAGGAAAUUCCUCGCCUGGGACAAAAACCUGCAAGUAUCUGACAAGUAUCUCCUGUCGAUGGUGAUAGCUUAUUUCAGCCGGGCCGGGCUCUUCUCCUGGCAAUUCCAGAGAAUCCAUUUCUUUAUAGCUCUCUAUGUGGCCAACGACAUGGAAGAGGACAACCAGGCCCCCAAACAGGCCAUCUUUUCAUUCCUCUAUGGAAAGAACCGCUCCCAGCGUCCCUUGUUCCACAAACUGCGUCUCCAGUUCAUCCGUUCCAUGGGCUGGAACGCUAGGGUCACUCGGGAAGAGUGCGAGCAGAUCCAGGCUUUUGAUCCAGAGCUCUGGGUGUGGGGAAGAGAUCGCGCCCUCUUAUCACAGAGCCCAGGAGAGAUGAGGAUGUUGCACAGGAGGUCAAUCCACACGCUGACGACAGCUGCCGUGGAAAAGGAAUGGGAGCGAGGGGGAGAGUCCAGCAGGGAGAGGACAGCGCACCUGCUGGGAAGCGUUGCCCCGCAGCUUGGAGAACGGACGACCACUUGUGUUUUGCCCAAGUCCAGAAGAAGAGUUGGGACAAAGCAGAGUCUAGGCGUCGAGGAAGGGAAGAGUUUGGGAGAAAUCAUGGCCAAUCGUCAACCGAGUUCCCAGGUUGAGGACCAGGACUCCCAGCCCAGCUCCUCAGGGUACCCCCUGGAGGUGACUGUCAACGAAGAAAGCCCAGGACCGUCAGAGGUCUAUGAGACUGGAAAGGGUAGGGGUGUUUCGGGGGGGAGGCGGAGUCGGGGUGUGGUUGGGUGGUCACCAGUGGCUGAAUUCCCAAGACGAGAACGUCCUAUUGUAGUCUCUUGUCUUUUCUCAGCCCCCUGGGCCGGCUGCAGCUCCCCGCCUCAGCGCCCUGGCUGUAAGAGGAAGAGGUCAGUGGCGUUCAGAGAGGAGGAGGAGGAGGGCGAGCCGGCCACUGAGGCCCAGGACACCUGGGUCGUGGAGUCGCUGAGUGGGCUCAAGAUGAAGCUCAAGCGACAGCGGGUGUCUUCAGUGCUGCCUGAGCACCACGAGGUCUUCAACAGGAUGCUCGCCCCCUGGGCCGGCUGCAGCUCCCCGCCUCAGCGCCCUGGCUGUAAGAGGAAGAGGUCAGUGGCGUUCAGAGAGGAGGAGGAGGAGGGCGAGCCGGCCACUGAGGCCCAGGACACCUGGGUCGUGGAGUCGCUGAGUGGGCUCAAGAUGAAGCUCAAGCGACAGCGGGUGUCUUCAGUGCUGCCUGAGCACCACGAGGUCUUCAACAGGAUGCUCGAGGAUCCCGUCAUUAGGAAAUUCCUCGCCUGGGACAAAAACCUGCAAGUAUCUGACAAGUAUCUCCUGUCGAUGGUGAUAGCUUAUUUCAGCCGGGCCGGGCUCUUCUCCUGGCAAUUCCAGAGAAUCCAUUUCUUUAUAGCUCUCUAUGUGGCCAACGACAUGGAAGAGGACAACCAGGCCCCCAAACAGGCCAUCUUUUCGUUCCUCUAUGGAAAGAACCGCUCCCAGCGUCCCUUGUUCCACAAACUGCGUCUCCAGUUCAUCCGUUCCAUGGGCUGGAACGCUAGGGUCACUCGGGAAGAGUGCGAGCAGGUGGGUGGGCUGUGGCGGUCUGGGGGAGGGGCAGGGCCGGAGAGGAGGUGGGGAUCAUGGGGGAUUCGGUCUGGGACCUGGAGACGGACGAGAAAGAACCGGACGCGGGGCACGGGGAGGCAGCGUCAUCCUCAUUUCCAGGGGCUGUUUGUCUUUCCAGAUCCAGGCUUUUGAGCCAGAGCUCUGGGUGUGGGGAAGAGAUCGCGCCCUCUUGCCCUAGAGGCCCCAGGACCACGCAGGCCUGAGGUCAUCGGCCUGCGCAAAGGUAGGUCUGCGUCCGCAAAGGUGCGGGCGGAAUGACGCGUUGCUUACUGAGGAAAUCGGAGGAAUCCCACUGCUGGACCCACAUCACCUCUCACGCUGUGAAGGGGGCCAGCCGGGCACACAGCCACACGCCGACUCAGCGCCCAGCCGCGGCCUCACAGCCACACACACACACCAGCACCGUGGGGCCCGUGGGCGCCAGACCUCGGGGAAACCAGUCUGUCACAGACGCAUGGGUCUCACUGAAGUCAUUUCACCCAAAGCAAUUGGGUCCAAAUAACAGCUUUGAUGAGAUGGUGAUUUUUUUCCAUGUACGGUGUUUCGAGUUUCUCUUUUUAAUUCAUUUUUGGCCUUACAUCCCUCAGGGAUAUGGGUUCUAGGAUUUACCUACCACAAGGUAAACGUCUACAAACAGGAUAUUAGAUGGAACAGCCUACACGUUCAGUAAGAAAAGACCAAUUAUGACUAGCUUUAUUUUCAUCCAAAUUUACUUUCCAAUUGCUUACGGCCAGAUCACCAAUGAUUCCUUUUGUACAAUUCACCUUUUCCCCCUCAACUUUAUGGUCAAGACGGUUUAUCAGAACGAGUGAAGGUUAAGGAAUGCCAUCUUCAGCAUGGCUUAUUACAAUGGACACAUUAGAGUUCUAGAUGUGGGCAGAGGAUUGAGCAAACAUUUGGUUGAAAUCUUGCAAACUAGCUGCCUUAGUCCGUUCGACCUGCCCUAACAAGAUACUACAGCCUGCGUGGCUUAUAAACAACAGAGCACAGUCUCUUUUACAAGGGCAAUAAUCUCAUUCAUGAGGGCUCUACCCCAUGACCUAAUAACCUCCCAAAGACCCCACCCUCCUAAUACCAGCCCCUGAGCGGUUAAGAUUUUAAGAUUUCAACAUAAGAAUUUGGGGGGACACAAACAUUCAGCCCAUAACACUAACCAAGUCUAGGACUGACUAUUAUUUAAACAUUAGGAUCCAGGGACUUCCCUGGUGGCUCAGUGGUUAAGAAUCCGCCUGCCAACGCAGGGCACACGGGUUCGAGCCCUCGUCCGGGAAGACCCCGCAUGCCGUGGCGCAACUAAGCCCGUGCGCCAC